GAAGUAGCGCCCGGCGCUCAUCCGAUCCGCGCGGCCGCGCUGGCUGUGUCAAGUUACAGAGGCGCCGGAAUCGGCCCCAGCACGGCUCACUGCGGCCGCGACCCACCUCUGCCCAUGGAGCCCUGCAUGCGCGCCCCUUCGCCUGGGGACUGACACUCGCUCGCCCCGGAGACUCAAGACACCUAGUAGGACCCCGAGAGUCGCACCAGCCCGAGGACUCUGCAGAAGCGAGAAGAGAAAGAGCGGGAGAGGGGGUCAGAUCCCCCAACUUGGAACAAUCUUCGAAAUAACAUUUUUCCUACUCUGGCGUACCCCGAUCGCGCCUGCUGGUGGCUCUCGGCUGUCCCCCUACUCCGACUGCUCAUUUUCUGUCCUCUUUGGAGAGCAAAGGAAGGGGACGUCCUCCGGCCACGCUAACCCCCCCCCCCGUCCCCCCUGCCUCACUGUUGGGAUUGUGCUUCUUGGAUCUCUUUUUUUUAUUUAUUCUAUUUAUUUAUUUAUUGGUUCUUAAGACGCGAGGGGAUGGUGGCGGAGCGCGCCCGCAAAGCGGCAGCCACCGGCACUCGCGGCCCUGGGGAGCUGGGCGCGCCCGGGCCCGGGACGGUGGCGCUGGCGGAGCAGUGCACGAGGCUGCCGAGCCCCGGGUGCUGCGGACUGCUGGCUCUGGCGCUGUGCUCGCUGGCACUCAGCCUGCUCGCCCACUUUCGGACCUCCGAGCUUCAGGCCCGGGUGCUGCGCCUGGAAGCGGAGCGCGGGGAGCAGCAAAUGGAGAAAGCUAUUUUGGGAAGAGUCAACCAACUGCUGGACGAGAAAUGGAAGUUCUACUCACGCAGGCGCCGGGAGGCUCCCAAGAUGUCUCCAGGAUGUAACUGCCCACCAGGACCUCCUGGCCCCACUGGAAGACCUGGACUCCCAGGGAACAAGGGUGCCAUUGGGAUGCCUGGACGUGUGGGUGUCAAAGGUCAACCAGGAGAGAAGGGUGCCCCUGGAGACGCCGGCAUGUCCAUCGUCGGGCCUCGAGGCCCCCCUGGCCAGCCGGGCACUCGAGGCUUCCCUGGAUUUCCGGGUCCUAUUGGUCUUGACGGCAAGCCGGGCCACCCCGGACCUAAAGGAGAGACGGGCCUGGUGGGUCCCCGAGGACAACCGGGACCUCCAGGACAAAAGGGAGAAAAGGGUCAGUGUGGCGAGUACCCACACCGGCUGUUGCCUCUCCUCAAUUCAGUGCGGCUGGCUCCACCCCCAGUCAUUAAAAGGCGGACCUUCCAGGGGGAACAAGGCCAGGCUGGCAUCCAAGGCCCUCCAGGGCCCCCAGGGCCCCCGGGACCAAGCGGCCCUCUGGGACACCCAGGACUGCCAGGGCCUAUCGGGCCACCUGGUUUACCUGGGCCUCCUGGACCAAAGGGAGACCCCGGGAUCCAGGGCUACCAUGGCCGCAAGGGAGAGCGGGGCAUGCCGGGGAUGCCAGGCAAGCAUGGAACCAAGGGGGCUCCUGGGAUUGCCAUGGCUGGGAUGAAGGGCGAGCCUGGGACUCCAGGAGCCAAGGGUGAGAAGGGGGCUUCAGGUCCCCCUGGGCUCUCCGGCCUCUCGGGGCAGAAGGGAGAAAAAGGCGAUGCAGGCAAUGCCCUUGGAGGAGGCAAGGGGGAACCCGGCCCCCCAGGGCUCCCUGGGCCCCCGGGGCCAAAGGGAGAAGCUGGUGUCGAUGGCCAGGCUGGGCCCCCAGGACUGCAAGGAGACAAGGGACAGCCAGGAGCAGCUGGGGAGCCGGGACCAGCUGGCCCCAAGGGCUCCAAGGGUGAACCCGGCAAGGGAGAGAUGGUAGAUUAUAAUGGAAACAUCAGCGAGGCACUUCAGGAGAUCAGGACACUGGCCUUGAUGGGUCCUCCUGGUCUUCCUGGACAAACAGGCCCGCCCGGACCUCCUGGGACUCCAGGCCAAAGGGGGGAGAUUGGACUGCCAGGCCCUCCAGGACACGACGGGGACAAGGGACCUCGGGGAAAACCAGGAGAUAUGGGACCCCCUGGCCCCCAAGGGCCCCCAGGAAAGGAUGGGCCUCCGGGAUUGAAGGGAGAGGCCGGACCCCCAGGGAUCCCCGGGGAGAAAGGGGAGACAGGAGAAGCAGGCCCCCAGGGUCUAGACGGCCCAACUGGGGAGAAAGGAGAACCAGGUGACCAAGGGAAGCCCGGAGCGACAGGAUUGCCUGGGCCCAUCGGGCUCCCGGGAUUCACAGGAGAGAAAGGAGAAGCUGGGGAGAAAGGUGACCCAGGAGUGGAGGUUCCCGGGCCGCCAGGGCCAGAGGGGCCUCCAGGACCUCCGGGCCUCCAAGGUGUUCCUGGACCAAAGGGGGAAGCAGGCCUGGAUGGCACCAAAGGAGAGAAGGGGUCCCAGGGAGAAAAGGGAGACCGAGGGCCUCUGGGAUUGCCUGGAGCUUCAGGUUUGGACGGCAGGCCUGGGCCACCGGGUACUCCAGGACCAAUCGGAGUUACAGGCCCUGCUGGACCAAAGGGCGAGAGGGGCAGCAAAGGCGACCCAGGGCUGACAGGACCAACGGGAGCAGCAGGGCUUCCUGGUUUACAUGGACCACCCGGGGACAAAGGAAACCGGGGGGAGAGGGGGAAGAAAGGUUCUAGAGGGCCUAAAGGGGAUAAAGGGGACCAAGGAGCGCCCGGACUAGACGCCCCCUGCCCGCUGGGAGAAGACGGUUUACCAGUCCAAGGCUGCUGGAACAAGGGCCAGAGUCCUUGGCUAGUGGCCAAGAAGUGAGGGCAGCCCUGAGCCCACGGGGAAAGUGCCUAGCCUUGGAGGAGGACCAAGAUGGAGGAUCUGUCCCUGCUCAGAGGGCUGUCUGCAGAAGCCUUCCUGAAGGCCUGGUUUGAGGAGCCCAUCGGAGCGCGCGACGGCAUGAGAGCGAGGCCUCUGCCCUCUCCACACAGGAGCUCAGCUAGACCACCGAAGGUCUCCAGACCUGCUCCCUGCAGAGGUUCCGCGUGCUCUCUGCGGCCAGGUGGGCUGGCGUGACACCCAGAGUCUCCUUCCUUGCAAGAACUUCUGAGCAACGUGUCUACAGGAGGGGUAGUUGGCAGCUUCCUGUCCUGACCCCAGGGACCCUUCCUAGGAGGCUGUGGCCUGGAUCCUAUCAUCUUUCUCAGCUCCUUCAACUCCACAGGGAUCCUUGUCUGUCUUUUGGGGCUGCCUCCAUUAAUCCUGUCCUUUCUUGGGUUCUUUCAAAUGCCAUUUGCCAGAGGAACAAAGAGCAAUGGCCUCAGGAAGGAAGCGGCAGGGAUGUAGAAGAAAAACCCUCAUGAGCAAAGGUAAGCAAUAAUGGCAGCUGCCUGGCCUGGCCCUCAGAGCCCCAUCACCUUACACACACACACACACACACACACACACACACACACACACACACACCUGUGUAACAUGGUGCGAUGCCCCAGCUGCUACUGAGCCAACGCCAAAGGAACACACUCACAAUCAAGAUCGUUUCAAGAUGGUCUGGAAUAAGCUCCGUUCCUUUGGCAACAUUGUUGGAAGCCAUGGACCACCUUACUUCCCCAUUGUCUUGCUACUUCGCCAAUGAGCGUACCUGUCCGAUCCACAACGCUUUCCAGGGAAGGAGGGCAGUGUCACUAACUACGCUGGCAACAACAGAUGCGGGAGUCACACUGAGGAUAACCCAAACACUAAACUCAGUCUCCAGCCCUCAGCACCUCCUCUCACUUAGUGCUGUAAUCAGAACUGAUGGUCUCAGGUGUCCAGGCAGGGAGAGGACAAAGGUCCUCUCACCUCUGACAGGGAGUUUGAACUGGAAUACAAAGAACCGCUGGCCUAGGCAAGGAGUGAAGGUCACCGGAAGGUUAUCGAGGGCAGCAGCCCUCAAAGGGAAGAGGCUCCAUUGGAAUAAAUCACCAUCCCAAAGGAGCCUCACCCCAAGACUCCCAUGAUGGAAAGGCUUAGACAUCGGGGAAUUCUGAUGAUCCUGACUUUGAACCUGUGACGGCAUCUCUCUUUGAUGCUUCAGAACACUUUUAGAACACUCAUAAUGUCUGAACUUGAGGGGUGCCACUCUGAUCUUCAUGUGGCAGCUUCCUUCUUCCCCCUUUUUGGGGGGAAUCUCUUCGCCCAGUAGGAACAGUGUCCUUUUUUUCUAUGACUACAGACAAAUCGCAUGCAUCCAUCUUAGAUUCCUUUGGGAGUCAAGGACACAUGCAUGUAACUGGGCAUGGAAACGGUCCCAGGCAGUGGACCUAGACAUGACAUGGGGAGCUAGUGGGUACUCUGGGAUUGCCACAGCCAAAUCACUGGCUAUCGAACCCUCCAGCAAUCCCCAGGGCAUGAGAAAAGCGAACGUACCCUCCAGCAAUCCCCAGGGCAUGAGAAAAGCGAACGUGUCCUAUAUAAUGCAAAUGGGCUUGAGAGCUGUGGAUGGCUGAGAGGAUCCUAGACAUCUGUGUAUGGUUGGGUAGUCUACCACCUGCCAAUGGAUCCCGACUCAGAACCAGCGCCAGCGGGAGGAGACAUACACCGUCUUGGUCACCUUUACAGCUGGGUCCCACAGCUCCUUGUCAGAAAGACUGUGAAACCGUUUGAGAAGAGACAUUUUUACUUACACUCCACUCAUUCCAAAGACUGUUUUUAAUGGGGGGCGUCUGCCAAAGUAAACGUCCCUGAGACUCUAGCCACUGAGAAUGUGGUCCCUGGUAAUUAAGUCUCUGUGUUUAACCCGGCAGCAGCUUGCUAUCUGGGGGACACUGGCCAAGAGCCUUCCACACAGUCUGAGUACCAACUUCAUCAUCUCUGCACAGGCUGCCUGCCUUCAAUGACAAACGAUGAGCUCUGGGAAAGCAUUCGAGAAAUGGAAAGAGCUGUGCCGAGGGGCUGGGCAGUAGACGGAAGCUCUUGUGUUUAGGGGGGGGGGGGAAGCUUCCUUUUUUGGAGACAAGCUUGAUUUAACUGGAAUCAUCGAGGAAGAGUCAUUAAAUUUUCUGGUGAAAUUAGGUUCAAAGAGGUCCCCCCUCACACCUGUGGAGGACCUUGAGGGACGAGCCAUUUGGAUGUUGAGUAACUGGGCUGUAGAAAUAACAGGGCCAGUUCUAGGCAGGACAUGAGGAUGGACUGGCCCCUGUGAAGUUGCUUUCUGAAACUAAAUUCCAUAAAAAUGUCCCUAGGGUUUUGAUUUUCCUUUUCCUGAAAGAGACAAGUAAGCAACGUAAAAAGAAUAAUAAUACCUCUUGCUUUAAAAUCCCAGUUACCCAGUUAAGUGAGGUUUUCUCCUUCCCUGGCUCCCCUAGCCCCCACCCUCACCCACACACCACCCACCAACUCACCACUACGCCCUUUCCCCGGAGGAGGAUGCUUCCUUUCCCCAGCAGCCUGCCUCCUUUUUACUGCCCAUUGUGCCCUCUUGACCCACCCGGGCAGACUCUCCGUAUGGCCAACCCGAUGUCUUCAGCUUAAAAAUCGUCAACCCAGAGCAUCAGUAAGACAGAUGUCAUUCCCUCGUGUCUUGCACUGCACAGAGGUUAGUGGCAGGUUGGGUGUAUUUUCUAAAGAUCAGAAACUAAUUUCCUGAACGGCAUCAUGAAAGCAAGCGGUUUGUCUGACUGGCCCCACAAGGCAGCACAGAGCAGUAAAAUGGUUUUUGAAAAAGUCAUAGGCAGGUCCAAACUUCGGACAUUGUGACAAGCUGUGGUGGACCAUAAAAUUCAAACAGGAGAACCAUGUGGUCAGUUAUAACAGCAAUAACAACAACAACAAAUACAAAAAAAGUCCUCAUAAUAUUUUAAAUAAGUUUAUGAUUUUGUAUUGGGCAGAAUUUAUAACUUCCCUGAGCCGCAAGCUGCCUGUGAGCUGCAGGUUGGAUAUGAGAUGAAUUAUUUGUUGUUUUUGAUUUUUUUUUAUGGACCCACCCACACUUCAGUCAGUGGGUCUUGACUGUAAAAGAAGAAAACGUUCACUUGAAUCCGGUUUGUGGCGCAUCCUGUGUUCCUGUGAUAUCUGUGUUGAUAUUCAGGCAAAGUCACUUUUCCCUGGUGCUUUGGACAGUCUUCCUCUGCAUCCCACUGUCAUCCACUAAACCUCCUUUGAGGCCACUUGGUACUGAGUGCCCUGGGGUGAAACGGGGCACCCGUCACAGCUGUCCCUGCAGAAGUGCAUACACACCCUGGUGCUUUACCACAAAAGCGCUCACUGGCCAACACUCAGGACCCCUCCUGAGCUGACUCCACAGUUUGACAUCCAGGCAGAGCUUCUUGCUUCGAGGGAAUGGACCGUGAGAGAGCUGGGAGGGGCUUGAACCUUCCUGCUCCGUUCUGGGCCUCCGCCAAAUGGUUUC